AUGUUGGAGGUGGAUAAGAUCCUGGAGAAGUGCGGCGACUUCGGCCGUCUGCAGCUGAUAAUGCUGCUGCUCUUCUGUGUGAUCAACGUUCUCUCAGCCCUGCACUACUACUCCCAAACCAUCAUCAGCUUCGUUCCCAAACACUGGUGUGCAGAUGGACGGCCCGUCAGCACUGAGUCGCCGGUUGAGUCGACCUGCCUGCCGUUGAACCGGAAUAUUAGCAGUUCGAAUAGCUGCAACAGCUAUGGCUACGAGCUAUAUAUGGGCUACCAGAGCUUUCCCAGCGAAAUGGAUUGGGUGUGCGCCGAUGCCUGGAAACUCACGCUCGGCCAGUCCAUGUUCUUUGUGGGCUCGGUGGUAGGCUCUAUGGUUCUGGGCUACCUAGCGGAUGUGGUCGGACGUCUGCCCAUUCUGAUCGUAGCCAACCUGAUUGCUAUGACAGGCAAUUUACUGACCAUAUGGAGCACCAAUGUCGCGCUUUUCUGUGUCUUUCGCAUGGUUUCCGGCAUUGCUACGGAUAGCAACUUUGUGAUGAUGUAUAUUUUGGUUAUGGAAUACAUGCGGCCAUCAGUGCGCACCCUUGGCCUGAGCAUCUGCAUUGGACUUUUCUACUGUCUGGGCUCGAUGGCGGCACCUUGGAUCGCCGUGCUCAUGCGCAGCUGGCGGGGAUUCCUGCUGGCCACCUCCUUGCCCCUGCUGGUGGUGCCGCUCUUCUACCUCAUUGUACCUGAAAGCAUUCAGUGGCUGAUUUCCAAACAGAAGUACGACAGCGCCGUGGUCUGCCUGAAACGGGUGGCCAGGAUAAAUGGACGGCACGUGGAGGAGAGCGCCUACGAGGAGUUCAUCGAGGAGUGCAAGUGCAGUCAGCUAAACCAGAAGGCGACACCGCACCUUCUUGACCUGUUCAAAACGCCCCGGCUCCGUCGGCACACCCUCGUACUGUUCUUCAAGUCCAUGGUCAUCACCCUCUGCUACGAUGCGGUAUCUCGCAACGUUCAGGGCCUUGGCAUUUCGCCAUUUGUGAUGUUCUCGCUGAGCGCCACCGCCAUUCUGCCGGCCUGUCUGCUCAUCAUCGCCCUCCAAGAUCGCAUCGGUCGGAAGGCGAUGGCGUCCGCCUCUCUGCUGCUGAGUGGCAUUUUCAUCUCGGUCACCGGAGGCAUCAUCUUCGCCGCUUCUGCUUCGGAUAAGACCACCACUUUGCUGGUAAGCCUGUCCGUAGUGGGCCGCUUUGGAGUGACGGUGGCCUACAAUUCCGGAGCGCAGUAUGCCACGGAGCUGAUCCCCACCUGCGUUCGCGGACAGGGAGUGGCUGCGGUCCACGUGGCUGGCUAUGCCUUCACCUUCUGCAGUGCGUACAUCCUGUUUACGAGGAGCGUGUUCUCGCCGCUUCCCGAGAUUAUCCUGGGCGUGCUUUCCUUGCUGGGGGCGUGUCUCUGCCUCCUGCUGCCGGAAACCCUUCACCGGACAUUGCCCACUUCUCUGGAAGAUGGGGAGGAUUUCGGAAAGAAUGAUCGCUGGUACACUUUUACCUUUUUGGACAGACGAACUCAGUCGGCAGCCACCCUGGACACCCAAAACGUCAAGAUGUACUCGCAAUCGACGGAAUCGGCCGUCUACUUCUGAGUAAAUAUGUUUGGGUUGUGGAACUUUGUUGGGUAUUUUUACUGCAGUUAUAGUUCUUUGUAGAAACCAGUAAAGUGUAAUAGUAUGUAGUACAUCGGCGGUAUCAAAAAUUAGACGGUAUUUGUAGAAUAAGUUUUUUAAAUUUGUACCCCAAAAUCUUAUUUAGUAAAGAGUGAUCAAACAAUAAAUAAAUUGUACAAAAUGUACAAGGAACGCAGA